UUAGACGUUUGGUCAUCAGAAAACUGAUCUGUCAUAGCAACGUCAAAAUSGAGCUCAUCAUCAUCCCUUGAGCAUGAGCUUUAAAUCCAAGCGGACGACAUUUGAUUASUYUCAGUUCUCUGCUCUGUAGAUKGGUGCUGAAAAUGYCUUGGGGGCUAUUUGAUGCCUUGURGUAAAAYCAGAGUAGGCGUUCAACUGUUUGCRACGUUUUCUUUGGUUGCCAAAACCGAAAUUGGAUUACUAGUUACAACUGUCAUUGUCACACACGCGACAACCAUGAACAGCACGUUUGAGACAACWUUACUUCAAAAUCAAACUGGGAAUCGUAGCUUUACUUCGGAUGUGUAUUUGUAUGUCAACGAGCCRCAUUCCGUGCGACUCUUCCGUCUCUUUCUCGUCAGUUUUCUGGCGAUUCUUGGAUUUUUUGGGAACUUAUGGGUAAGCAUUCAAGUGUUUGAUCGCAGUACUCGUUCCCCWGUGGCUUAUUACAUUCGUAACUUAGCCCUGGCUGAUAUGGGAGUUCUUUCCCUCAGUUUUUCCAUCGCAAUUAUCAAGGAACAAAUGCCAAAUAACUGGCCUUUGGGAUCGGUCUUCUGCCAUUACUUUUAUCCCUUUACGGAAGUUUUUCAUGGCGCKUCGAUUUGGAGUAUAGCAGCAAUUGCCGCGGAGAGGUACCGGGGAAUCCAGAUGAGAUCACGMAGAAAACCGAACUUUCAUGGGAAGCCAACAUAUGUGAAGUAUGUAUUGCUUGCUAUUUGGUUAUCAUCUUUCACCUUCACGUCCCUGCCGCUCUUCUUCGUCAUGGAGUACAAAGAGAACGCUUUUGGUAAAUUUUGCAUCUUUAAAUGGGAAGCGUGGAUGCAGGUGGCUUAUGUCGGCACGUUAUCAUUACUCUGGUACCUACUUCCCCUUGCUGUAAUCAGCUGUACUUAUAUCUAUAUAUCUCACUUACUGCGACGAAGCAGCACCUUUCAUAAACACACUUUAAAAACCUUUGAUCGAUAUUCUUCGAGCAUGCGCAAACGGAUGACRACGGAGGUUCGUCGACUGAAGGAAAACAAACGCGCGAGGAAGAUUCUAACGCCUCUMAUGCUGGUAUUCGCGAUCACCAUGCUACCAUUGAAUGCGUUAAGGCUGAUUGCGUCUCUGUGGCCAGAAGUAGCAAGAUGGGARUAUUUUUUAGUGGUAUAUAACUUGUCUGUCAUAGCAGUUGUGGUAAAUAGUGCUUCAAACCCUGUCAUCUAUUCUAUAGUCACCAACGGCUUUUGUCGCUGUCCGUACCGUUGGUUGAAGUGGCUUGAAUGUUGUCAUGUUCAGAAGUCUGAGUCAAAACUUUUGAAAAGAAAAAAGGACUAUAUUCAAAAUCUUCGUUUACAAGAACUUGCGCGCAAGUAAAAUAAAAAGACGAGUUGCUAUUGUAUCUGUUGUCAUGACGAUGCAAUGAGCAGCUUAUUCUUCACUCAAUCCAAGUCAUUUCCGGUUUCGAGUGGAAUUUUUACAUACUGAAUGGCAAGUUUUCAUCAGAAAUGUAUUGGAUGAUUUAGCGUAGAGGGCAGUGUUUGCCCUUAASUAGAUGCUGGUAACGAGAUUAAUGAGAUUCAUUUUAGCAAUAGAAUACCCUCUGCUUUAUAGGACACGACGGGUAGCGUUUGCCUGUCAUUGUAGGCUGGUARUAAGAUUCGUGAGAUUCAUUCAGCAAUAGAAUACUCUCUGGUUGAUAGCACAUGACGGGCAGUGUUUGCCUGUCAUUGUGGGCUGGUAGUAAGAUUCAUGAGAUUCAUUCAGCUGAUACCAAGAAAUUACCCCACUGUUAAAACCACUUAGCUUAACAUUAAAGCAUAUUAAUAUGAAGAAAAGAUAAAUUCUUAAUGCGAUAGAAUUAAAAACAGAACAUUUAAUCAGCUUAUUACUUAAAAGAUUAACUAAGCAUUAUCUAGUUAAC